AUGACGUGUAGUGCUUCCAUCUACAAUGUUCUCCAUAUUGCAGAGAAGCUGGUGCCCAACUACUUUAAUGAGUCUCCACCAGCAGCGAUGUCAAGAAAUGGAUACUUCUUUGAAGAAAGUGGGUACCUCAAGUGUGACACGGACGAUGGCUGUGAGGCCAAGGAGGAGGCGGGGGGCGAGGAGCUCUUCGACGCCGUGAACUCCUCCAUCGUCUCUGGGGACAGCAUCCGCUUCUUUGUCAACGUCAACCUGGAGAUGCCACUGAAAGCCGCCGCUGAAAGUGAAGGUACUGGCUGCGUGUUACUGCACACAUCAAGGAAGUACCUGAAAUUAAAGAAUUUUGAGGAGGAAGUUAGAGCCCACCGAGACCUGGAUGGAUUUUUGGCCAGAGCCAGCAUAAUCCUCGAUGAAACGGCCACCUCUUUGGAUGAUGUUCUUCGAGAGAUGCUGAAACACUUUGCUGAAGAUCCCGAGAACGUGGAGCCGAGCUGUAACUUUGAAAAAAUCAUGAGCACUUUAUUCACGGAUUCAGGGACCCCACGGGAAGGGAACGGCACCCAUGAUGUUUCAGAGUCAACAGGAAAGAAUAUACAAACAUGUACAUCGCACCUCAAAUUUCACCUCUUAUCAGAUACAAUUCAAGGGGUCACAGCGACAGUCACGGGGGUGCAGUAUCAGCAGUCCUGGCUCUGUAUCAUUUGCACUAUAAAGUCCCUUCAGCGACGUCAUGUUUGCAUCAGCCGUCUGGAGAGGCCUCAAAAUUGGGGUGAAAACUCCUGCGAAGUGAGAUUUGUGAUAUUAGUCUUGGCUCCUCCUAAAAUGAAAAGUACCAAAACUGCCACAGAGGUGGGCAGGACCUUUGCCACGAUGUUUUCAGACAUAACCUUUCGGCAGAAGCUCCUAGAAACCAAAACUGAGGAGGAGUUCAAGGAAGCCUUAGUCCACCAACGCCACUUGUUGACGGUGGUGAAUCAGAGACCCUCAGCGAUGAGCGAUGAGCACAACACACACAGUCCUAAGCCACUCAAGCUGCAUGACUUUCUCAAUGUUGGCAAGGGGAUUUCUGAUGACAUUGCACGAAGAUUUCCAGUGUACGCGUUGGACUUCACUGACGGUAUGUUGGCCAAUGUUUAUGAAAGCAUUGGCCUGACUUUGAAUUUUUGUGAUGCGAUGUCCUGUUUACAGUGUGCAUUGAAUGUGUUCUUUGAUACGUGUGAUAGCUCUCUUAUUUAA